AUGAACGACUUGUCGCAGCAGGUGCUAUGAGCAGUGGUGGCGACAGUUAGUGCCCUCGCUCCUCAACGCCGUCUGCGACCGUCCGUCGUCGUCGUUGUCCGAGGCGCAGUAGUCGCAGGUAGUGGUUGUCGUCGUCGAGCGUGUGCCCAGUGUUUGUUUUUCGUGCGCCGCCCGCCCUUCUUGUAACCAUGGAUGAAGAGUAUGACGCCAUUGUUCUAGGCACUGGGCUGAAGGAGUGUAUCCUGAGUGGCAUGCUGUCGGUGAGUGGCAAGAAAGUGCUGCACAUGGAUCGCAACAAGUACUACGGGGGCGAGUCUGCCUCUAUCACCCCACUGGAGGAGCUGUUCACCAAGUUCAACCUACCAGCGAGCCAGCUGGACGAGUAUGGCCGCUCUCGCGACUGGAACGUGGACCUGGUGCCGAAGUUCCUGAUGGCCAACGGCCAACUGGUCAAGCUGCUUAUUCACACGGGUGUGACGCGUUACCUCGAGUUCAAGUCGGUCGAGGGCAGCUACGUCUAUAAAGCGGGCAAGAUCCACAAGGUGCCGGCCGACGAGAAGGAGGCCCUCGCGUCCAGCCUGAUGGGCAUGUUUGAGAAGCGCCGCUUCCGCAACUUCCUUGUGGCCGUGCAGGACUACGCUUUUGACGAUCCCAAGACAUGGAAAGACGUGGACCACCAGAGCACCACUGCAUGCCAGCUGUACGACAAGUUUGGCCUAGACAAGGACACUGCCGAUUUCACAGGACAUGCGCUGGCCUUGUACCGGGAUGACGACUACCUGCAAAGGCCCUGUGGGGAGUUGAUACGGAGGAUCAAGCUGUACAGCGACUCCCUGGCCCGGUAUGGCAAGUCCCCUUACCUCUACCCGCUUUACGGCCUGGGGGAGCUGCCGCAAGGCUUUGCCAGGCUGAGUGCCAUCUAUGGGGGCACGUACAUGCUGGACAAGCCCAUAGACGAAAUUGUACUGGAAAAUGGCCGUGUAGUGGGCGUGCGGUCCGGGAGUGAGACGGCACGCUGCAAGCAGGUCUACUGUGACCCCUCCUAUGUGCCAGACCGAGUGGAAAAGGUGGGCCAGGUGGUGAGGUGCAUCUGCCUGCUGAAUCAUGCCAUUCCCAACACGAAGGACUCGCUUUCCUGCCAGAUCAUCAUCCCCCAGAAGCAGGUCAAUCGAAACUCUGACAUCUACGUGUCACUGGUGUCGCACACGCACCAAGUGGCUGCAAAGGGCUGGUUCAUUGCUAUGGUGAGCACCACAGUUGAGACGGACAACCCAGAGGCAGAGAUCAAGCCGGGCCUUGACCUUCUGGGACCCGUGGCGCAGAAGUUUGUCAGCGUCAGUGACGUUUACCGACCCACUGACCUGGGUGCCGACAGUCAGAUCUUUAUCUCACAGUCAUACGAUGCGACAACCCACUUUGAGACGACCUGCCUCGAUGUCCUGGACAUUUUCCGCCGUGGCACGGGUGAGGACUUUGACUUCUCCAAGGUGAAACAUGACCUUGGCGACGAGCAAGAGUAGAUACAAGAGAAGAUGGCCGCCACUACUGCAGGCACCGCUUGGACAACCAGUCUCUUAGUUUUGCCUUCAGACCCUUCCUAAAGUGUGUGAAUGUGUAGCUUGCAUAUGGUGAGCAGUGCGCACAGUGCUUGCUUCUGCACAGUGUGCACCAUGCAGGAACAGCACACCCAUGUGCAGCUGUUUUUGCAGCCACUAGAACUCUUGCUCAUCAGGCUUUUCCAGCUAAAAUGGUCGGGGUACUUUUCGCAAGGGCCUCAGCGUCACCUGUGAUUUUUAGUUCAGUUGCCCUUCUGUCUUCUUGUGUGAAAAAGAGCCACACUGCCCUCUGUUUUUUUUUUUUUUUUUCGAAUUUCGCGUUUUACAACUCGACUGGUCUGGAAGUAAGGGACAGUGGUCUGGCAAUGUCGUCGUUGCUCACUGCUCGCUGCUCUGGGUCAGGGCUACUGGCAUGUUUAUUUUUGCGCUCUAAUUUAAGUUUUUGUACUAUUAUUCCAUCUCCGCUGCUCCCCCCCCCCUUCUUUUUUUUUUUUUACCUUGUGUCAUGUGAUUGUAGUUCCUAUGUUGGUAUGGGCACCAGCCUACUCUCUCUCUCUCUCUCUCUCUCUCUCUCUUUUGUUUCAGACAGCGGAACAAGUAUGAAGCAAAAAAUUAAACAAAAAAAAAAACAUUCCUUGUACUUGGGUCUGGUUUAUGUUACACUAGCUGGCUUUAACAAUGUACCAUAGCAAUGCACUUUAGUGAAGUCUGGAGUUGCAUUGCUUCAAACUUUCCAUGUACGCAAUGGUCAGCGGAUAAGGUCUAUAAACUUCCUCUGCAAUGCAUCUUAUGAUACAAAGCUAAUUUGAAUGGCUUGAUCAACCUCAUGGCAUUUGUCACGCAGUGCCAUAUUGGUCUGGUUAAUACAGCACAUUGAAUGCCUUCAACUCUGUUUGUUAUGCUUCCAAAUAUGUGCAACUUUCAAGCCUGCUUAUUGAAUUCCUGGUGAAAUAGUUUUUUUGGAUGUGCAUGCAGAAGUAUUCUCAGGCAUCUUAGGACUAAACAUAUGAGGUAUAAGUCACGGAAGUUCCAUCACCUGCUGUUGCGACAUUUGCAGGCAUUGCUGCCAUUUGCAAGUGGCUUGUAACACAUACUAAACAUAGCAGGCCAGCAGAAGUAUGCUUUGUAAAUUUGUUUUUCAUUGUACCUUCGGGGGUUAAGCACUAGAGGAGAGUUAUUAUGAAGAAUAAAGAAUCUUGAAGAUGUACAUUCACCUAAGUUAAGAACACAGUUGCUGCGAAUAUCUCAUGUGCUUUUUCCACUGGUUAGUGUACUGAAACCACAUUUCAAUGAUGCUUGUGUGGCUAAUGUCUCAGCGUGCCUAAAGACACUCUGGGUUCGCACAGCCCCUUGAAACUUUUUGAAUACUAGGGUACUCCUUGUAAACCUUGAAAAGCCCCGCCACGGUGGUCUAGUGGUCAAGGUGCUCGACUGCUAACCCGAAGGUCACAGGAUCGAAUUCCGGCUGCGGUGGCUGCAUUUUCGAUGGAAGCGAAAAUAGCUGAGGCUCAUGUACAGUGUAGACCACCUUAUAACAUAACCGCUCAUUAGCCCUGAGAAGUGGGAGUGGCGCCGCCUGGUGGGAGGCUAGAAUGACGUCACGGCACGGACUCUUCAAAUCUGCUGUGGCACACGUAUACGUAACACGUGCUCGCUUCGAAUGCUGUUGCGCUGCCAGCAUUCACUUUUUGCUUGUCUCACACUUAAAAAGUAAAUGACGGAAGCAGCAUCAAUGAUGUUCGUAAAACAAUUAAAAAAUGACCUUUUUAAAUAGAAUCGCCAACGCCAUGCCUGCGCUCCAGCGUACACGUUUUGAUGAGGUUUGUUGUUGUGUCACGCUGCUUACUUCGAAGAUGGUUCGAUUCUCGGUCACGGUACCCGCACUCCGACAGAAGUGAAGAGCAAGACAAUGCAUGUGCAGGAGGUUAAAAAAAUUCCAAGUGGCCACAAUUACUCUGCAGCAUUCCUCGCAAGCAUGUCCCGCUUCUGAAACGUAUACAACAGCGUACUUGCAUUUCGUGUUGCAUUCUCAAGCGAUUCCUUUAACAGAUAUGAUUGUUUCGCCUCCACAAUUGGAAUUUCUAUCGGACGCAUCGGGAUAACUGCUGGCAGCCUGUUUUUCCUGUGGGCGCAUGCUUAAGUUAGUAUAAAGUGUCGCAAAAUAUCUCGAAUGCGCUCGCCCGAGAAUACCGCCGCAGCUGUUCUGUUAAAUUUCCUUUUGUGUAGUUGCUCAUAUUUUAUCGCGUUAUUUAGCUUCAUGUUUUGAGGAAUAAUGUCGGCGCUCAGUUUCAAUAGAAAAACAUGUUGAAGGUUUGCAGAAACUGCCACUGUUUUCAGAUAGUGUUUACAUGCAGCUUCCUAGCAACUGUACUGUCACGCUUGUAAGUACCAGUUUUACACCUGAUGAAUAAAUUUUUCCCAUGGUCGAUUA